AUGGCCAGCAUGGAGCAGAUGGAGCCCAUCGCUGGCGAAGCGAAGGGAGGCAUUCAGCCGCCCCAGCUGAAGCAGAAGGACCUGCAGCAGCGGGGCCUGCUUUCCUUGUCGGAUAGCGAGGGCCUCGCGCAGCUGGUUUUCCACUUGGCGCUGCUGGCCUUUGGCGGGUCUUUAGUUCUUUGGGCCUAUGACACCGGCAGGUGGCUGUGGCUUUUGGUGUUCGAACUCCUUCUCGGUGUCACGGAGUCCUUCCUCUUCAACGGCUUCCACGAGAUGGUGCACAACACCGCCUUCGAGAGCCGAUGGCUGAACACCAUCUUCGCGCACGUCCUGGGCUUCGAGAGCUUCCGCGGCGCCAAGUGGUUCUGGUGCUUCCAUUGGACCCACCACCGCUUCACCAACGACCCCUCGAAGGACCCCGAGCUCUCGGGGGGAUCUGUGGACCUGGACGAUCCCACCACGUCUUUGUACGGCUACCUGCAGUUCAUCAGCGGGUACCCCUUCGGCUUCGAGCGCGUGGCGCGCAUGGCGCGCAUGGCGUUUUUGCAGGAGGUGGACCCCUGGGUGGCGGAGAAGCCGCCAAAUACCCAGCGCGCCGUGCGCCUGGAGGCGCGUUGCUACCUGACUGGCUACUGCCUCUUGGGUUUGGGGGGGCUCUGCUGGCCGGGGUCUGUGGGGAAGCGCUUGGUGCUGCUGUGGCUGGUGCCGCACUGCCUGGGCGCAGGCCACCUCAGGCUCUACCAGUUUGCGGAGCACCGGGCCUGCAAGAUGGGCAGUUACACGGAGACCAAUGCCUGGAUUUGCGCCAGGACGACCACCACCUGGUGGCUCUACCGGAAGCUGGCCUGGCAGAUGCCUUUCCACGUGGAGCACCACGCCUGGCCGAACGUGCCCUUCCACCAACUGGAGGCGGCCCACGAGUUGGCGCGAAGCGCUUUUGCGAAGUCUGGGAUUCCGAGUGCGCCGAGCGGGUGCCAGCCGGACGGGGAGAAGGGGUACCUAAACCUCCAUUGGGUCAUGUUCAAGCGCAUGCUCGAGAACACCUUCACCAAGGUCAAGGCAUGA